AAAAAGGCUGCGAAAGAUACUAGACAAGAGAGACAUGCCAGAGGUUGUACUGCCGUCUCCGAAGGUCGACAUCGGCAGCGGAGUACUCGUUGAACAGAACAUUAUUGAGAGAUUGGAACGCAGCUGUCAGAGUGGCCCUGGGAAGCUUGCGCGCUCUCUCUUGCGUCAUGUGUUUGCCGAAGAAGAGUUGCGAGGAAGAUCCCUCUUUGGUAUGAAGAGCAAUGCUCAGAAGGAGAGACCAGCUAAAGAUGCCCUCGACCCGAUACGCGUCAAUGCUGUCAUAGGCUACACAUGCAGCAAAUUUCCACAAGCAAGUGUGGCAUACAUCAAAAAUAGCCUUGCAUCACUCUUGGCCCGGGAGAUGAAGUAAAUGAAAGGGAUGUCAAACCCUCUACGUUCAUGUCAUCUGUAGGACAUGUUUUCAUAAUGCUGUGAUAACACUGAGUGUGCACGGGUAGUACACGGGU